AUGCAACGGGCUCUGGUUGUGAUGGCUAAUAAGUGUGAACUCACAUCUCAGCUCCGCAUAAGGCCAGUUACAGGAAGGGCCAGAGGAGGAGGGUCCCUGGGUCCCUGGGUCCCUGGGUCCCUGGGCCCCAGCGCUGGCUGCUCCAUCGCUGGUUUCCUGCUCCACACAGCAGGCUGCAUCGCCCCCUGCUGCUCCCGCCGAGGGGCCUGCCUCUCAGCCUUCGUGCUGCUCCUGCUGGCAGCUGUCGCGGCCCUCAUCACCCUGGUCAUCAUCCUUGGAUCCCCACCACGUACACCAGGGGCCCAGGCCUGUGUGACGCUGACGAACAGGACCGGCUUCCUGUGCCAUGACCGGAGGAGCUGCAUCUCGGCCAGCGGGGUCUGUGACGGCGUCCGCACCUGUCCCCAUGGCGAGGACGAGGAGGAGGCCUUGUGCCGAGAUGUGCCCCAGAGUCUGCCCGGCUUCCUUGUGGCCCACUGUGGAAACCCAGCUUCCUGGAUCUACUCAGACCAAAAGUGUGACGGAACCAACAACUGUGGGGACUGCUCAGAUGAACUGAGCCCAGUGACUGCAUGCCCACCCUGUGGCCCUGGGUGGUGGCGCUGCCCCUCCACUGUCUUCAAGUAUUGCGACUGUAUCCCGAGGAGCCUCUGCCGGGACCGUGUGCAGCACUGCUCCGACUGGUCUGACGAGUACUCCUGUCCUGGACCCUGAGUGGCACCAGGCCCGAGCAGGACGCUGGUUGAAUGGCACUGGUAAUCCUUCACAUGAGCAUCGAAUUGAAGAACAUGAGGACAGGAAGGAGCCAUCAAGAUCACCUAAUGGGAUUUACACACUAUUGUCUCUGAAUAAGACUUGCCUCUCUGGCUUUCAAGAUAUUUACCCUCUCCUUGCAUGCCUCCAGGGACAGGGAGCUCACUAUCAUGUUAAGCAGCUCCUAACAAAAAUGAGGGGAAUCUGCUUCCAUGAUUUUAGGCUGCCUGUGGGGCUACACAGAGGAGCCCCUUAGAGAAAAGACAGGUCUGGGGCUCACACACCAAGCUGAGGCAUUUAGGCCUUAUUCGCCAUUUCCUGUCUCUGUGGUACCCGAGGCAGGUAUUGCUGGGCUUGGCUACAGCCUUAGCAUUUUCCUCAUUUUCCUCCCUGGCCCUGCUGGUUGAUUACAUGAAAUUACGCCUGGGAUGGGGCUUUGUCAUCCUGCCAGUGGGAAGCCGUCCAGGAGGCUCUGAGCUAUAAAGUAGAAGGAAUGGAGAAAGAGAAGCCCUUCUGUCCAUUCCGUUCUUCACCCUACCACUCCCCUCGCUCCACCCCGUGACCAGUACCAGACAUACAGCCCCGGGUUCUUGUAGUAAGGAUUGGAUUUCGAUCCCAGAGCCUGAGUGAAGGAGCUCUUUCUCUGCAGAGCUUUUCAGCUUCCCCACACCCAGACAGACAAGGAUGGAUGCUCCCAUUAAACAGAUGAGGAAACUGAGGCCCAGUGGGAGAAAUUACUUGCCUGGGAUCAUACAGUAAAGUCAGUGAGACUCUAACAUAGUCUAUGGUGUCCCUUUCCUGCUAUCAGUAUAAUUAUCUCUUGGCUUGUGGGCCAAGGGGAUGGGGAUGUGCAGAGUCCCUGUGGAGUAUUUUUAAAAUGAGCUCGAGGGUCAGAAAGUGUCCCACCCUUAUUCUGAAAGAGAGACUUGAAAUCUGGCCAACAAGAGGGUUCCUGUUGAGGGAGACAGACAUAUCCCCAUGGAAAUUAAUAAAAUCAGU